GCCAAUGAGCGGAGCCGGGGCGGGCUCGGGAGUGGCACCGCCGGUACUUAGACUCGCCGGAGGGGCCGGGCAGCCCACAGCGAGCGGGGCGACGCGGGUAGAGAAGGCAAGGGCGGAGCAGGGAGGACGGAGCUCACCUCCUCUUCAGCGCCCAUGGGGACAGGACGACUUUAAAGGAGCUUGGGAGGGUUUUCUGACGCUGGGCGACUACGGAUCCAGCGAUUCCUGCCCUCGCCUCGCCCUGUCAUUGAUGGGAAAUCAACUGGAUCGCAUCACCCACCUGAAUUACAGCGAGCUGCCGACUGGGGACCCCUCGGGGAUCGAGAAAGACGAGCUGCGCGUCGGAGUGGCUUACUUCUUUUCGGAUGAGGAGGAAGACCUGGACGAGCGAGGCCAACCGGACAAGUACAGCGUGAAGGGCUCCGGCAGCCCUGGCCAGGAGACGCCCACCCACCAUCUCCAUCACCAGCUGGUUCUGAACGAGACCCAGUUCUCCGCUUUCCGCGGCCAGGAAUGCAUCUUCUCCAAGGUCAGCAGCGGUCCCCAGGCUGGGGACCUCAGCGUCUACUCGGUAUCAGCCCUGCCUGCCCUUUGCAAGCCGGGGGAUCUGCUGGAGCUGCUCUACCUGGGGCCGUCGGAGCACCCGCCGCCGCACUGGGCAGUGUACGUGGGCAGCGGGCAGAUCAUCCACCUGCACCAGGGGCAGAUCCGCCAGGACAGCUUGUACGAGGCUGCCGCGGGCAACGUGGGCCGGGUGGUGAAUAGCUGGUACCGCUUUCGCCCGCUGGUGGCUGAGCUCGUGGUGCAAAACGCCUGCGGGCACCUGGGCUUAAAAAGCGACGAGAUCUGCUGGACUAACUCCGAGAGCUUCGCCGCCUGGUGCCGCUUCGGGAAACGGGAGUUCAAAGCCGGGGGAGAGCUGCAAGCUGCUGCCGGCACCCAGCAUCAGCAGCAAUACUAUCUCAAGAUCCACUUGGCGGAGAACAAGGUGCACACGGUGAGGUUCCACAGUCUGGAGGAUUUAAUACGCGAGAAACGCAGGAUCGAUGCCAGUGGCAAACUGCGGGUGAUCAAAGACCUGGCUAUAGUGGAUGGGAAAGAAUAGGGAGUAGCAGCGGUACGUGGUUAUCUUCCUUCUGCCCUGCCCAGGGCGACCAGACUCCCACAGAGCCAGGAGGCUGCACCCUCUUUCCGUGGGACGCGACUGAAAGCAGGAUCCAUGGCAACAUUCUAGAAAACCAGCAUCGUUUAAAUUUAUUUGGCUUUUAAUAGCAUUAAUGCUUGAAAGAGCGAGAGAGAGGAAGAAAAGAGGGGGGGGAGGUGCAGGGAGGCUGUUCUCCGAGUAUGUGGACAAAGUCUCUCCUGUUGAUCAAUGUUGAGCAUCCUAGCAACAUGCCAAUAAAAUUUCAAAUUGAAAUUUAAUUUUUUUAAUUUUUAUUUCAUGGCUUUAAUCCAUGAUAAGUUAUAAACAUCUGGGGCCAUGGAUGUGGAGCUAGCUAAAUGAGUUUCUAGCCAAUAUUUGCCUUGCAGCCAACCAAAAGCAUCUGUCGGAUUUUGCUAACGGGAAGGGGAAGGAGGGGUCGCAGGAGGCAAAUGCCUGCUUUGUUGCCCAACACUAUUGCUUCUGCCUGUAGCUGCAACCCAAAUUUUGUCCCAACCAACUCCGGUGAGAUGAUAACAAGAGAAAAUGCUUUCACGUUUCUGGUUGGAAUCUAUCACAUUUAAAAUAUUCUGCUUUGCUUUUUUGUUUGCAGCUGUCUGCUAAAUGUCAUCAUAAUGCAUAAGCUCUUUCCACCUCUUCCCACCCUCCCUGCCUUUUUUUCCCUUUUAGAAAAAAAAAAAAGUUGGUGAGCAGCUGUUCUCUUGAAGUUAAAUUCACUGGUUAAACGAAGCAGUGUGUUUCAGAGAACAGUAUACUCAGUGUUGCUCCUCAGAGAUCCAACCUCUAGGAUCUCAUGCUUGAGCUGUGGAUUUGUAUUGCUGUAAUGAUUCUCACUGUACCACUGCUUCAGUGCUUCUUCAUGCACAGGUCAACAGAAUCCUGCAAGAAAGAAAUGGGCUUGAAUUCUGCAUGGUGCCUCUUCAAAACAGCAAUUUCUUGCAUAUUUAGAAUUCCACUUAAAAUAGAUAUAAUGUGGCCAAGUUCAUCUUGCAUUUCAAAUUUCAAGUAACUAAAAAUCCUAUUCAACCUAAGUUCAGAAAUACACGUGCAUUUAAAAGAUGCAUUUUAGUGUGGUGUGAGCAAUACCUUGUCUGUAUUUCAGGUCCCAUUCACUCAUUGCUUAAUUCUAAGUUUUGAAGUGAAAAAUCAGAGUAUGAAAUAUAUAUUUUAAAAAAUGAAACAAGUAUAUUGGGGCAUUUCCAGAACUAUUUUUUUAAUUAUUGGGGUUUUGGGUUUUUUUUUCCUGUUGUUUCUAUUUUUCUUUUGUUGUUUCUUUUUUGUGUUUGGGUUGGUUUUUUUUUAAACUAUUCUGAGCUGCAUAGAACUUGUAAUGGACAUCUUGUCUUUGCAUGUUUCAGUACUGGAAAGAAAAUACAUUUGUUUUUGUCCCCUCUUUUCACAUCUGUGUCAGAUGGCAGAACAGAAGUAACACCCCUCUUCUGUAUAUAAAAUACACUCCACCCCCUGUCACUGUACUGUGUCCUGGCUCCUUUUUAUAUUAAACAAUGUCAUAAGCAACCUUGUUGCAACUGUAAUUUCAUUUUUACAAAGCGUUUGCCUCCCAUAGCUGAAGCUGUGUGGGUGGAGUGUACUUCAUUAUAAUAAACAUGUCAGCAGAAAUAGCUCUUUAAAAAGAAAAACAAACAAACAUACAAACCCAAUACCACAAUCAAAACUGCACCUCUUCAGUGAAGGUAGAUAAACUGGCUUUGUGUUUGCUGAUACACUCAGCAAAGUUGUGUGGCAAUAGGUAGUGUUACUAUUAUGCCCUUCCCUAAUGUACUUUAGUUUGUACAAUAAAGGGUAAAGGUGUGAAUUA